AUGGCUACCGCGGCAAGAGCCGACUCUCCUCCUUAUGGCAUUGACUUCCCGACUCACCGUCCUACCGGCCGUUUUUCAAAUGGUUACAACAUUCCUGAUCUCAUCAGUCAAAAACUUGGUGCCGAAUUGAGUUUGCCAUACUUGAGUCCCGAGUUGAAAGGGAAAAAAUUGCUGGCUGGUGCAAACUUCGCCUCCGCUGGAAUUGGAAUUCUUAAUGACACAGGGAUUCAGUUUGUAAACAUAAUAAGAAUACAUGAACAAUUUAAGCUGUUCAAGGAGUAUGAACGAAGGGUUAGUGCUCUAAUUGGAGAAGAAGAGACACAGAAACUUGUGAAGAAGUCUUUGGUUCUGAUCACACUUGCUGGCAAUGAUUUUGUUAACAACUACUUCUUGACUCCAGUUACUGCAAGAAGCCUUGAGUUUAAUCUCCAGGAUUUCUCCACCUAUCUCAUCUCUGAAUACAAGAAUAUUUUGCUGAGUCUGUAUCAGUUGGGAUUCCAACGGGUUUUAGUCACCGGAGUAGGACCGAUUGGUUGUGCUCCGGCUAUGCUAGCGACUAGGAGCAUAAAUGGUCAAUGUGCAGAAGAGCCUAACCUUGCUAUGAAAAUAUUCAACCCCCUUCUCAAGAAAAUGCUUAAAGAUCUUAAUCACGAGCUUGGCUCAUCCGCGUUUAUCGCAAUUGACUCGCUGGAAAUGCAAAGCGACGUCAUUUACCAUCCUCGUGCCCAUGGUUUUACCACGUCGAAUGUAGCAUGCUGCGGCCAGGGACCCUACAAUGGGUUAGGACUUUGCACAACUGCAUCGAAUAUAUGCCCAAAUAGGGAUCUUUACGUGUUUUGGGACGCAUACCAUCCUUCAGAAAAGGCAAACAAAAUAAUUGUCGACGCGAUGUUCAAUGGUACUGAGAAGUACAUGUCCCCAAUGAAUCUAAGCACAAUCAUGGCCAUGGAUUCCAUGACGUAG